GAAGCGGCAUCAUGGAGUCUUCAAUGCACCGUAUUCAUUGGCUCAUGCCAUGCGUAACCUUAGUUUUCGUUCGGUAAAAAGUACUAGUGCGGGCGUUACAAUGAAAAGCGCAGUCUUCUGCUCCUGCUCGGAGCGCCAUCCGAGGGAUCAUGUCGUGGCGCCCGCCCAGAGUCGACCCAAAUCGUGUUUCGUUUUUGAUUGUCGUGUCGUUUUCGUUUUCGGAAGUGAAAAUCGUUCGUUAAUUGCGGAACGAUUUUUGAAGGAUACAAACCCAGCACCAGCGGUACAAAACCAAUACAGCAGCCAGUAGUGCAGAAGCAUCCAUAAAAGUUGGGCUUACUAAUAGCUAGAGAAAUGUUAUAGCAGAAGUGAAGAACGCAAGUUUUGUAUGAUGACAGUUUCAGUUCUUAGUAGUUCCUUUGCAAAGAUAGCACAACCGUACAAGCUAAAGAUGUUUCGAGCCAACUCCGCGCUUCUCUUGUUGAAGAUGUGUUGCACUGUUUGCAUGGAGGAGCUCAUGAUGAUACACAAGUGCUGUUUCCCUGUGCGCUACGCCCUUGCGCGCAUGGAAAACCACGUCGUGAUCGGGUACGAAGACGAAUUGUUGCUUCCGACAACUGCACACGAACGCCUCCGGCCGAGCAUCGCCUCUACGUCGCUUGAUGUUCCUGACGAGUUUCCGGGCUCUUUACAACGGACCAGCAGUAGAAACAGCAAAUUAGUGCAGACGGCAAGACAAGGGCAAAAUAUGAAAGAAAAUCAGAAUGAGCAAACGGAUUUUGGUGCCGCACCAUCCGAUGACAGUACGUUUUUUUCCUCUGCGUUUGUUGAGAAGCAAGAGCCUCGGCGUGAAGAAGCUGCUGUCGUCCCUUCUUCCACUGGAGAGCGUCCAGCGACCGCAACCGUAGCUCCUGGCUCCGCUUUGCAAGAGAAGGAAGAGCAGCAAAAGACUCGCAGUUCUUCACCUGCCCCUAGCGCCACCGUGCCGCUGCCGACUACGCCCAGCCAUUCUGCUCCAGCAAAGAGCAGUGGAACACAGUCGCAAGGAGCAGCGGCUGUACAAAGUGCGGGAGGUGGAGCAGCAGCUGCAUCUAGUUCUUCAUUUGCAGCAAAAACCAAAACGUCAAAACCGUUAGCGGAACAACAUCAAGCCUCAUCGCCAACCCCCGUGGAGGUGAUAGACAACAUCGGCCAAGAAAAAGAUGAUUCCAUGCUGCACACCACCGGUGCAACGGGAAGUAGUGCUAGUAGUACCAGCGGAGCGGCAGCAAGUAGUAGUUCAAGUUCUACCGACGACGCAUCGGCUUCUUCCUCGUCCGCAAGAAAAGGAAAGGAUGAAAAGCCGCCGGAUCACGUUGAAACAGGGCUCGCCACUGCCACAACUUCUCCCACGAGCGGCAUUCCCUAUGCACUGCAAAAGUAACGUGCUUGCGAGUAUACUGUAUGAAAAAUUGUAUGAAUUUGCUUUUGCACUGCUGAUUUCCUUCGCCGUAUACAUAGAAACAAGCAACAAGAAGAUUUGUCAUGGAUGACUGAUGCGAUCGACACAAAACAACGAGCACGAGUUGCUUUUACACCGAAUAUCCCUGACCUGAUCACGAUGUGCAUCACCUUUCUCGUUUUCGCCACACUAACGCUGAUCCCGUUCGUCGCCUGCCUCUGGUGGGUCGCGUUGGUCUUUCUCGCGCACGAGCAAGAGAACGAGCGGCUGUUUUCCCUACUCCGACUGCAUAGGGGGCGACAGCGAGGUAGUGGGGGAGAGCGACGCGGUGGUACAAGAACUGGGGGAAGCCAGAUCGGCAGCGUGAAGGGAGAAGAAGACCUCACGAUGGCCGAAUUUCUAGCAGAUGAGAAGUACAUAUUUAUUGAUUCAAAAACUUCUUGGGCUUGGGUGAUUUUUAAGCGAAGUAGUUGCCGUUUGUAUUUCAAUUUCUUCGUAGUUUUGAGUUUGACGAAUUCUCUAUUUCUAACCACGACUACCUCCACAACCACAGCGACGCCUCCAACGACGAAGAGAGCAGCAUGACUCCCAACAAUUACGGUCUGGCGAGCCCUUCUCUUUCGCCGCAAUCUCCGGUGGUGCCUAGGACGCAACUACCUUUUCGAUCGGAGGCUUUUGCGCUGUCCCCCGGGCGCAAGCUCUCGUACAACUCAUCCUACUCUCCCACCAAGUAUGGGACGGACAAAACGUUUAUUCUCAACUAAUUUUUUUUUUUUUUUAAGGGGCGGAAAAGCAUCGGCGCCUGUGGUGUGAUUUGCAUGCAUCAACAUCUCUAAUGGCGUCGACUAGCUAGUGAAGUAGAUCAAUAAGAUAGCUAAAGACACAAGGAGCAGAACAGCCUCCGGCAUCGGCUGUCUCUUCGUGGAUUCGUGACGAAUCCACGAAGAGCCAGCCCGAUCUGCUACACCUCCGGCUCCUUGUGUCUUUAGCUACUUAUCUUAGUUACUUGUACUUCACUAGCUAGUCGACGCCUAAUUUAAAAGUAUCUACAAACAUCCAUGCAUGGGAGUUAGGUAUCGGUGCGCCCCAUCAAAAAAGAAAAAAUUAGUUGAGAAUAAACGUUUUGUCCGUCUCAUACCAAGGAAUCCGUGGCGCAUCUGCCCAUCGUGUGAGCAGACGAAUGUUGAGGUGGUGGAAAAACGGAAACGAGCUUUGUCGAUGUCGAACCGAGCCCUCCGUUUGAAGACUGUAAAUCAGCCAGAGAACGAACCCUCCGUUUGACGCAGCGAAACGGAAACGGAAGCUGGAGAACGUAGGCGUUGUAGCGACUACCUUGUACUUGUACAUGUUGUACUCAGUCUCAGAGUCAGAUGCCAAUCAUGUAUGAUGAGUUUAUGACCGCGUCGUGAAGACGAUGAUAUCUACUGUAGCUAAAGCACUGAAUAGCGUUAGCGGCCUUUCCGACUUGUAUGAAAAGCUUUAAUCCACCUGUACUAAAGUGACAUUCCAGUUGAGUAAUAUCCUCUUCGUACUCGUCGCUGUAUAAUAGUCGAAGAUGAAAGCAGGCGAGC